ACCAACUUUCCUUUCCUUACAUCGUCUUUGAGCCAGUCAUAACCCCGUUUACAGAGCCACUUUAUUCUGUUCCCAAAGAUAAACAAACAAGAACAAAAUGCCUAGCUUGUCUAAGAUCCUUUCCAUCGCUGCCGUGGCUUUGGUUCCUUUGCUCCAGUUGAACCAGGUCGUGGAGGCUGCUCCUCGAGGCGGCAUAAUCCAUCCUCUGCCUGGGAUGAAGGUCGAUCCUGCCAGACCCCCCGCGCAGUUUGACGAGGGAGGCAGCCCUCACCUAGCACGAAAUAGGACCAGUGGAGAGGUGUCAGCUUAUGCGGGUAGUAUGCCAGGCGCCACCAAUUUACGUUUUUGGGAAGAUAAUGGCCACCAAGGCAGAUGUGCAAAGUGUAAGAACUUCGCUUAUAACACUUGCUAUGGGAUUGAUAUGUCGAAGUUUGAUAUCGGCCGUGUCUCAGCCUUCUGGCUCGAACAGUAUGACACUCGAAUUGGGUACACCUCUUUAACCUUGUAUGACGGAACCCGAUGCAACGGUAACUGGUUCCGAUAUAGUGAGGAUCAGUCGACUAGGAACUAUGGUGUUGGCCAUAUGGGUGCGUAUAAUAAUAAGAUCCGCUCAUUCAAGAUUGCAAACUUUUACGCGGCUCCAGGCACUGGAACCAACCAGCCCAAGGACCCCAGUGUGAACAACAAAUCAUGUUAUAGAGGC